UCCCAGGAACUUUACAUGGAAAGACCUGUUUUGGGCAUUGAACCCCAGGUGUUUUAUUUAGAAUUUUCUAGCCAAGCGUGGCACAAAGACAUCACGCACCUACGUGAUGAUGUGACUGAGCUGGUGCCGUGUCCCACAUGUCGGCCAUGGAUGCUGCCAUCUUGGAAGUGGUGCUGCAGAGAAGAAGAGCAUCAUCGGGUGCUCACGACACUCAUUUCUGGUAUCAACAGAGCAGACAAACCUGAGUCCUGUGACAACGUCAAGGUGGUGGUACGAUGCCGUCCUCUGAACGAACGAGAGAGGGCCAUGAACAGCAAGAUGGCUGUUGGCGUGGAUGAAAUGAGAGGGACUAUCACUGUGCAUAAAGUAGAUUCCAUGAAUGAGCCUCCUAAGACAUUCACAUUUGACACUGUUUUUGGCCCAGACAGUAACCAACUUGAUGUUUAUAACUUGACUGCUCGACCAAUCAUUGAUUCAGUACUUGAAGGCUACAAUGGCACUAUAUUCGCCUAUGGACAGACUGGAACAGGCAAAACCUUUACUAUGGAAGGCGUUCGGGCAGUUCCAGAACUCAGAGGGAUCAUUCCUAAUUCCUUUGCUCACGUAUUUGGACAUAUAGCCAAAGCUGAAGGGGAUACACGGUUUUUGGUGCGUGUCUCUUAUCUGGAGAUUUAUAAUGAAGAAGUACGGGACUUGCUUGGAAAGGAUCAGAGCCAGAGGCUGGAGGUCAAAGAGAGGCCUGAUGUUGGAGUUUAUAUUAAAGACUUGUCUGGUUAUGUUGUAAACAAUGCAGAUGACAUGGAUAGAAUCAUGACCUUGGGACACAAAAAUCGGUCUGUUGGUGCCACUAACAUGAAUGAACACAGUUCUCGUUCCCAUGCUAUCUUUACAAUAACUAUUGAAUGCAGUGAGAAAGGGGCUGAUGGCAACAUUCACGUUCGCAUGGGAAAGCUUCACCUUGUAGAUUUGGCAGGCUCAGAGCGACAAGCAAAAACAGGGGCAACUGGACAGAGACUUAAGGAAGCCACAAAGAUAAAUCUGUCACUUUCAACCCUAGGUAAUGUCAUCUCUGCUUUAGUUGAUGGGAAGAGCACUCAUGUGCCCUACAGGAAUUCCAAAUUAACUCGGCUGCUGCAGGAUUCACUGGGUGGGAACUCCAAAACCAUGAUGUGUGCAAAUAUCGGCCCUGCAGAUUACAACUAUGAUGAGACAAUCAGUACUUUGAGAUAUGCAAACAGAGCCAAAAAUAUCAAAAAUAAAGCUAGAAUUAAUGAAGACCCCAAGGACGCAUUGCUACGACAGUUUCAAAAAGAAAUUGAAGAUCUCAAAAAAAAGCUGGAGGAAGGAGAAGAUGUUUCUGGUUCUGAUGACAGUGGCACAGAGGAUGAUGAUGAUGAAGAUGGAGAAAUUGGAGAAGAUGGAGAAAAAAAGAAAAAGCGAAGGGGCAAAAAGAAAGGCUCCCCAGAUAAGAUGGCAGAGAUGCAAGCUAGAAUUGAUGAGGAAAGGAAAGCUCUUGAAGCAAAACUUGACAUGGAAGAAGAAGAAAGAAACAAGGCUAGAGCAGAGCUGGAGAGAAGAGAGAAAGAUUUGUUUAAGGCACAGCAAGAACAUCAUUCGCUGCUUGAGAAAUUAUCUGCUUUGGAGAAGAAGGUCAUUGUUGGAGGAGUGGACUUGCUGGCCAAAGCAGAGGAACAAGAGAGACUUCUAGAAGAAUCAAAUUUUGAACUUGAAGAGCGCAGAAAGCGAGCUGAGAAACUGCGCAGAGAGUUAGAGGAAAAAGAGCAAGAGCGUUUGGAUAUUGAAGAAAAGUACACAAGUUUACAGGAGGAGGCACAGGGUAAAACCAAAAAACUGAAGAAAGUAUGGACCAUGUUGAUGGCUGCAAAGUCAGAGAUGGCAGAUCUGCAGCAAGAGCACCAAAGGGAGAUAGAGGGUUUGUUAGAGAACAUUAGGCAGCUCAGUCGAGAGCUGCGACUUCAGAUGAACAUUAUUGAUAGCUUUAUUCCACAGGAAUAUCAGGAAAUGAUUGAAAAUUACGUUCACUGGAAUGAAGAUAUUGGAGAGUGGCAGCUGAAAUGUGUUGCCUACACAGGAAAUAACAUGAGAAAACAGACUCCGGUACCAGACAAGAAAGAAAAAGAUCCCUUUGAAGUUGAUUUGUCUCACGUGUAUUUGGCGUACACAGAGGAGAGUCUUCGUCAGUCCUUAAUGAAGCUGGAGAGGCCAAGGACCUCAAAGGGAAAAACACGGCCUAAAACUGGUAGGAGGAAGCGCUCUGCUAAGCCAGAAGCUGUGAUCAACUCCUUGCUGCAGUGAAUAGACUGUUUCUCCACUCACUAAGAAAGAGGAUGGGAUGUUUGUGUGCUGGUGACCAGCUAACAAAAUUGUUGGUGUGAUAUAAAUUGUAAUUUGGUAGAUUCUAAGGCAUGUGUCAGCUUCCUGUUGUGUUCUAGAAGAAGCAUUUUACUCUUUAAAUGCCUGCCUCCUGUUUCCCAUGCAAGUGCCAGCUGCUUUUCCAGUAAGAUUCAUUUAGGUGGAAUUCCCUCCAUAUCUAUGGGUUAACUCUCUUCUACUGAUAGUGGGAAAGCCAGACACACCUUAAUCUUAAGGUUAUAUUGUCAGCAUAUAAAUAUUUUUUUUUUUUUGUUUGUUUGUUUUUUUUUAACCCAAUAACAGUUUUGUUUGUUUUUACAAUCUUAUCUCCUACUCACUCAUCUACUAAAAUCUAUUCAGGCUUCUCGUGGCUGCUGCAGGGAAACUGUAAUCCAGGAUCUUCAGAUGGGGAUUGUUAAUCUCGCUGUGACUCUGCAAAGACUGAUUCUGUAUGUAGGGUAUAUGCUGUAACUGUGCUUCUGUAUGUAGGGUCCCAGCUAUAAACAAGGCUGCAUUAUUUUUUUUUUUAGAUACUACCCUAUUUACCUACAUAUACACCCCUGUGUAGGCACUAAAUGUGGCUGUGACUUUGUUUUCAGCCCUGCAACGCACACUUGUUGUUUAGAUUUUUUAUUUAUAACUUAUUUAGUAAUUUAAAAAAGUUCUCUUUGUGGUAUUUUUCCAUAGGGAGUUGCAUAAGUUUUAUUCUCUUUUAAUUACAAAUCUAGGAAAAAUAGGGCUAAAUGGGGAAACUACUGGAAACCAUAUCUGUCCCUUAUCAAUUUGGAUUGAUGUAUUGAUGGUAACAGUACCUUUUUUAAAAGAAGUGACUAGCUUUUGGGCUGAGUUACAAUGAUGGUUAACUUGCCAGCAUGCCCCUAUCCCAUAUAACCAGUUCUAGAGACUGCAUAGUUUUAAGUGCAGAGUGAACAAAUGGUUACUGGGGCAAGCAAGGGGGUGUUGUGGAAGGUACCUGUGAUAGGUUGCUUCUGGUUUCCUAU